GGCAGAUGCAUUCAGAUGAUCUGGUCGCAGUGAGGGCCGUAAUCCUAUUGGGCAAGACCAUUCAAAUAAAGAAAUACGAGGACCCGGAAGCCAGUCGUUACUUCCUUUACAUCGACAAUGGACUCAUCGCGCACCACCGAAAUAUGAAAGUACGGUGACAUGAGGACACGAUUACAAUAAUGCAUAUGUUGUCUGGCAGUCUCAGAGGCAGGACACGUCCAAUCACGUUCUUACAAAAUUAUUGAACCUCGGUUCCGUCGAGUACGCCUUGCCCGAGUAGACGCCGAUUCGAUUCGUAUCACUGCUGCCUUCGCUGCUCGAGUCAUCAUAUCUCGCGAAUGGGUCUUCCACAACCAGAUUUAUGUAAAGCCACUGGCAGAGCAUCGAGGAAGCAUGAUAGCAGCUGGUCUAGGUUGCCGUUUGCAUUUCGAGUGCUGUUGUGCAGCUUGGUAGUCAUUUCACUUGUACUCUAUAAGAGCUGUGGCUCUGCCUUCUUGCCAAUCUGCCAUCUUCCUCGUUUUUGGCUCGCAGGUUCUUGUAGCGGGCUUGCCGGAUCUCUACCCCCGGACGUUAAUUCUACCACAUGUCCCCAAUGGGCGGCUCUACAACCAACCAAGCAUCGUGGGCUCAGCGAAGACCUAGAUGUGGCAUACAACUCAGAAGACUUCAAGCAAAAAGCCAUUCAGGCCCUUGGAGAUGCAGUUCGUGUACCGACCGAAUCGUACGACGAUAAUGGACCAGUUGGCGAAGACAGUCGAUGGGAUACAUUUGCUGAACUUCAUCAAGUUCUUCAGGCCACUUUUCCUCGCGUUUACGAGUCCCUCAACGUCACCAAAGUCAAUACAUAUGGGCUGAUUUUUCAGUGGCAGGGAUCAACUACGGCCAAGCCUUAUAUCUUGGCCGCCCAUCAAGAUGUUGUACCAGUAGACGGUCAGACAGUUAAAGAGUGGAAACACGAUCCGUAUUCAGGGCACUAUGACGGCACCUGGAUAUGGGGUCGUGGUUCUUGCGAUGACAAAAGCGACUUGGUACGACAAUUGCUUGCCAUCGAUUCCUUGUUAAAGCAGGGUUUCUCUCCUGCACGCACCCUUAUACUUGCGUAUGGAUUCGACGAAGAAUCCAAAGGCAUUGAGGGUGCUGGUCAUCUCGCCCAAUACUUGGAGGAAACGUACGGGCGCGAUUCUAUUGCCUUACUUCUUGACGAAGGAGAUCUUUACACGGAUAUCGGUGGCACUGUUUUCGCGACUCCCUCGAUAUCUGAGAAGGGCUAUCUUGAUGUUCAAAUCACGCUUUCAACUCUGGGUGGUCAUUCGAGCAUACCACCUUCUCAUACGAGCAUUGGUCUCCUCUCCCGCUUCAUAGCAGCGGUGGAGGAUAACCCACAUCCAGCUGACCUUUCCCGAACGGGAACCCCGUUUGCGAUGACACAGUGCCUUGCGGCUUACAAUCCCAUGUACCCCGAAGACUUGCGAGUGCUCGCAAGAAAGGCGGUUACAGAUGAUGGAGCCCUGAAGGUGCUUCAAGAGCGACUUUUGGCUUCAGAUCCACUGUACAAAGCAAUGCUUGGGACCACACAAGCAGUAGACCUCGUCGAGGGUGGCGUGAAAGUUAAUGCUCUCCCGGAGCGCGCUAGCGCAGUGGUCAAUCACCGCAUCGCAGAGCAUAGUUCUGUCGGCGAGCUGCAGCAGCACCUGAUCGACCUCCUGGCUCCCGUGGCAGUCAAGUAUGACCUUGCACUCGUCGCGUUCGGCAAUAACGUGACUUGUGGUGGCUCUGGUCAAGUUAUUCUGUCCGACUUCCUUGGGGCGGCCUUGGAACCUUCGCCCGUGACACCUACGGAGUAUGGUCCUUGGGCACUUUUGCAAGGAAGCAUUAAAGCUGCUUUUGAGAGCUCCCCUACCCGCAAUAGCAGCAAGGUUGUGGUUAUGCCGUAUCUAUCUCUUGGCAACACUGACACUCAUUCCUACUGGAAUUUGACUAAUCACAUCUUCCGCUUUUCGCCGUCCUUUGACACUGAUGUUUACAAUGGACUACACACUGUCAAUGAAGCUUACCGCGCGGACAGCUUGAAUGAAGGUGUUCGUUUCUACACCAAGUUUAUCUUGAAUGUGGACGAAAGUGAUUUACCAUAAACAUUUUUUUUUUGCGAUGGACGAUGUCGUGUAAUAUUUGUACAUUACGUUUGAUACCCACCAACAUGCGUUUGUUGG